ACGCCAUGUUGUGGGAGCACGGGAAAACAUGAUAGUCUUUCCAGUAAAGCUACUAACUGAUGAAGGUGAAUGGUAACAAAGAAAGGUAUUGGACACCCUCUUCAUUUUAUUUAGUAUUUUAGAAAAACGGAACGAACAUGCCCAUAUACUAUCCAUGGAGACUGAGUUAUGCUUAGAUCAUAAAAACCGCAACAGAACACAGUGUAAUUUGGAACUUGGGUUAUCUUUCUCUGGAUUAUCAUCCUUUGGGUUCUCUUUCUCUGGGUUACCUUACUCUGGAUUGUCGUUCUCUGGGUUGUCGUUCUCUGGGUUGUCGUUCUCUGGGUUGUCGUUCUCUGGGCUGUCGUUCUCUGGGUUGUCGUUCUCUGGAUUAUCGUUCUCUGGCUUACUGUCCCUAUCAUUCUCUGGUCUAUGACGCUUGAAAAACGUCGAGAUCGAUUGGUUUGUGUCUGCGUCUAUCAUCCUUUUUUGAUAAGGGUUGUACAGUUUCUUGGAUGAUGAUGGCGAGGACUCCAGA